CGGCAAGCGCUCUUGGUCCCCUGCCGUCGCCAGCUUCAGCUCUACCAGUUCUGCAAACCGAGUGCUUGUGCGCUGCCUGGCCUAAUCUCGAUUCUCACAUCCCUGCGUUUAUCUGUGCAAUAUGUCUCGCCCACUCAAUGAUGAGGAAGUCCUCAGCGAGAUGAACAAGAUGGUGGCAUUCAUCAAGCAGGAGGCACUAGAGAAGGCCCGCGAGAUCAAGGUCAAGGCCGAUGAGGAGUUCGCGAUAGAGAAGGCGAAGCUCGUCAAGCAGGAGCAGCAGGCAAUUGAUGCUCAGUAUGAGAAGAAGCGAAAGGGGGCAGAGGUCGCGCAGAAGAUCGCGCAAUCUACUUUGACGAACAAGUCGCGCUUGAAGUUGCUCCAUCGUCGUGAAGAGCACUUGCAGGACCUCUUCAACACGGCGCGCCAGGAGAUUACGAAUGUCAGCAGUGGAUCCACCGGGCAGUAUGAGCAAUACCUUGAGGGCAUGAUCUUGCAAGGCUUCCUCAUCCUCAUGGAGUCGUCCGUAACGCUGCACGGGCGCAAGAAAGAUCAUGAUGUGAUCACGAAGGCCGCUGAGAGCGCGCAGAAGAACUACAAGGAGAUCAGCGGACGCGACAUAUCAUUUGAGGUGCAGGGCACCUUGCCGGACGACAUCGCCGGUGGUAUCAAGCUUGUCAGCGGCAAUGGUCGUAUCACCCUUGAUAACACCCUUGACGAGCGACUCAGAUUGCUGGAGGACAGGAUGUUGCCCGAGAUUCGCAAGGACCUGUUUGGCCCCAACGAGAACCGCAAGUUCUACACGUAGUCGUGUUGCCACCAAAGUGAGACGUUGGCUGGCGUGGACUUCAUCCGUCCUGAGGCUCGUCCCGACGAGAAUAGGUUCCGCGGGAUCGUCAAGGGUGCAUGUAGCGCGCGUAGGGAAGGACUUGUCGCAUAACGAUAUUCAAUCUUUUCAAUGAUACCACCGACGUAUGCUUGUCUCUUGAGGGUGGUUGUAUGCCGAGGAGCAGACUGUAGAUCAAGUUGAACGUGUAGGCGCCGGUGUGAAUGGUAGAGAAGCGACGUCACAUGACACGCGGCCUCCUGCGCAUUGCCCAACUCGGA